AACAGAUUUAUUUUCUUAGGUGAUCAAUGUAGACAGGGAAAUCCUGGAAAAGCUGGAUCUAAAGGCAAACAGGGUGUGAUCGGCAAGCAUGGGCCCCGGGGUAAGAAGGGACCCAGAGGGGACCCUGGCCAGGCAGCGGCGCCCGGGUUGAAGGGCAAGGCAGGGGACACCGGUGAGGAUGGGCUGCCUGGGGUCUGCAAAUGUGGCUUAUCCGUCGCGACCACUAAGAGUUACCUGAAGGAGAGGCUGCCCAUCAAAUUCAACAAGGUCUUGAUGAACGAAGGUGGCCACUACAAUGCGAGCAGCGGCAAGUUUGUAUGUGGCAUCCCUGGCAUUUAUUAUUUCACUUACAAUAUAUCUCUGGCAAACAAGCACUUGGCAAUUGGGCUGGUGCACAACGGGCAAUACAAGAUAAAGACCUUCGACGCCAAUACUGGCAAUUACGAUGUAGCAUCGGGGUCUACCGUCCUGCGCCUGGCGCGGGAUGACAAGGUGUGGCUGCAGAUCUUCUACUCUGAGCAGAAUGGACUCUUCUGUGACCCGUACCGGACAGACAGCUUAUUCACCGGCUUUCUGAUAUACCCCGACCAGGACUUCCUCAACUAAAAACUAAUGACUUGGAUCGCAUUAUUGAUAAGUUUGGUGAUAAAACGAGUGACCAGGAGAUGAUUUAUCAGUAUGCACGACUAUGAAGAGGUAUGUGAUAAAUACAGCGAACAAGGGGUGGAGUGGGGCCUGGAGAUGCAGUACCUAGUGUCCUGAGGUAGAGGAGAACCUCAGCCGACUUCACUGGUUGGACUUAUGAGUUAAAAUGACAAGGCCUGGCCAAAAGUUAAAUGCUUGGAUCACAGAAUUGGUUUUACUUUUCAAUGGGAGAAUGCAUUGUCUCAUUUAAACUCUUCCAAAGGAUGAAUGCUAAAUACAUGAAGCAGUAUUCUGUGCAGUUCUAUCCCUGCUCAGCUAUUGCAGAACAUUGUUUAUAGAACUCAGUGAAAUGUCGUACAAAAGAAAUUCAUUGAAGUACAUGUACAUGCAAAUUUGACUAAACACUGAUCGUUUUCAGGGACUAUGUCAUAUGUAUUUUACCAAUAAAGCUUGAAAAUGGUUACUUUGCAUAAUAUAUGAUAAAGACCCCUAUCGAAGCAACUAAAAGUGAGAGAGAGAGUGACAGCCUACAAUUAAGUGCAACAUUGUGUUUAGAAACAAAUUCAAUUACCUCUUCCUUUUUUUCUAUAUACAAAGAGAAAACAGUGAAUGAAACUCCCCUCAGGGCCAUAAAGUAUUCAUGCUGCCUGUAGCACUGAAAAAUAAGCAGCUUUACUGCUGGAAAUCUAAUUGAAACAGCACGGGGUGCAAAUAUUAAAUGAAAAAAAAAAAAAAAAAACAGGCAAGGGUUUCUUAUUUGUUUCUAAAAUCUACUUUACUACUAUGGUAAUGGAAAUAAAACUCCCAUUGCAUAGCCAUUUGAUCCAUUCCUGGUUUUACUAUGGGUUU